CGGAAGUGUUUAACUCGAUAGUUGGAAACAAACAUGCACCAAUCUAGUUGUUAGUAACUGUCCUGUCGGGACGUUGGCGAUCUAACAAAGCUGGAAAAGUGGAAGCGGAAAGACAAGCGAAAGCAGGAACACCACCUUGCGUGGCUUCAUUAACCCAACGUUAGCUAGUGUUUGCUGCCAAAAUGUUGUCUGAAGGAGGUUCUUUCAUGAAGGGGAUGGUCAUGGGAGGCCUCUUCUGCUUGCUGCUGUCACUCUUGGGGAGUUUCCGCCCUGGCACAGAGCCCAAGACAGAAGAUCAUAACCAUCAUCAUGUCAAGGCCCCGAGUAAAGAUGAGCUGACACAACUCUCUGACAGUCGGGUUCAGGAGUUGAGCAAUCAAGUCCGGGUCUCUUGCAUCAUCAUGGUCCAGCCCAAGUUCCUUGUUUACUGGGCAACUGCAUUGGACACCUGGAGCAAACAUUGUGAUAAGGCUGUGUUUUACACCUCUGAGUCUUCCAAGGCGCUUGAGGCGAUAGACUUGAAUGAAAAAGACGACUGGGCGAGGCUACGUAAAGCUCUGAGGCAUGCUUAUGAGAAUGCUGGAGGCCUGCAGUGGUUCUUUGUUGCACAACCUACCACGUUUGCCAUCAUUGAGAACCUCAAAUACCUUGUGCUCGCGAAGGAUCCGAGCGAGCCCUUCUACCUGGGCAAUGUAAUAAAGUCAGGGGAGCUUGAGUAUGUGUCGUAUGAUAGUGGCAUUGUUCUAAGUUAUGAAGCUCUGAAAAGGCUAGUGCAUGUGUUCCAGGAUGAAGACAAAUGUCCAGAAAGAGGACGUGCCCUGUGGAAGCUGAGUGAGGACAAGCAACUGGCCGUGUGCCUCAAAUUUACAGGGGUCUUUGCAGAGAAUGGAGAAGAUGCACACGGAAAAGGCCUAUUCAACAGCAAAGGUGUAAACAGCCUGAUAAGUGAAAGCAUGAAGGACAACCCCAAUAAUGUGGUGGAGGGCUGCUGCUCCGACAUGGCAGUCACAUUCAGCGGGAUGUCACCAAAUCAAAUGCAGGUUAUGAUGUUUGGGGUAUACAGACUUCGUCCUUACGGCCAUGAUUUUCAUGACUCUUUAGUAUUCAACCCUCCUGAAAAUUCAGAUAAUGACUAGAGACUCAUUCCUGCAAUACGGAUGUGGCAUUUUAAAAGUUUUUGCUUCUGUGAUGGCAAACCUAACUGUGGGAAGAGGUUUUCUAAUUGUAAAACUGCAUCCUGGAUGGAAAUAUAACCCUUUUAUGUAUAUUUUUACCUUUUUCACUUGGCACAAUCAGCACCCUAUUCCUUUGGUGUACGUAAACAUAGUGGAUGGGUGUGCGUCUUUUUGAAUAAAGAUAGAACUGAGACAUAUAUCAAACUUG